CAAAAAGCAGUGAAAACAGCUUGAAGUCAUGGAUAAAUCAUUUUUAAUCCUUGGUGUGUUUUCAAUUAUAGCUCUUUUUGAAACAGUUUCUACCAAAGAUCAAUGUGAAUCGUGCAAGAAUGCAGCCAAGGCUCUACAAGAAUCAGGAGAAAUAACUAGGACUUCUUGUUUCGAAGUAGUCAGCCGAGAAGAUGCUGAUAUUUGUUGGACCCUGGUUACAUCUACACAGAUAAUUACUUUAAACGAAAGGACACCACUGGAUAUCUGUGAGGCAUUAGACCUGUGUGGCCCGUCCAGGACUGACAUUAAUCCAGAGCCGGUAAAUGUUGCGGAAGGUAUAGGUAGAAUAGUCACACACCUAGCGGUAUCUUUCAUCUCAUGGGUAACUGCUACCACGGCGAACAUUGCUUCACCUGCAUCAGUCUUGAUAUCUGGCCGAAAGAAGCGUGAUCUUUUCUCUGCUUCAGGAAACAUGGCUGAGAUCUAUGGGGUGGAAAAUGAUGAGAUGAAGAAGGUGGAUCCAACCGUCAAUCCAACCGAUGACACUCCUGAUCCAAUAAUUGCAGCCAGGAAACCAUCCAUUUUAAAAGUAAUGUGUGAGUUGUGCCGACUGAAAAAUUCGCCCGACUUUUCGGACCAAAUAGUGGAUGGCGAUGACUGGGACAAGCACUUGAUGGGGAUGUGUCACUCACUUCCACAAAACUUCAUCGACCAGCGAGAGUGUAUUCCUAUACUGAGAUCCUGGCCUCAACACCAAGCGGAGAUAUGUCCGAACUGUUGAAACAUCAGACUUUGGUUUAAGGCCUAUUUAACGGCUAUUACGAGAGCGCUGCGGGAUUUUGAGAUCCCUUGACUUCCCUUUGGAAUAGGAUUCUUUAUAUUUUGAUAAAUCUGAAUUUGUGAUAAUAAUUAUCAUUACUCCGUGAAACUAGGCAAAAGUUUACAAUUGCCAUAUAACUUUUUAUUUUACGCCAGCUUUUCAUGAGAAAUUAAGUGUCGUGAUCGUUUGAUCUUUCUCUAGUUGCUUAAAGGGCUGAAAAUAAUAAUUAAUAAAUAAAUACAAAGAGUAAAAUUUACCAAGCAAAACACUGAAAAUUUCAUCAAAAU